AACUGAUAUGCUCCGACCCACCAAAAAGGCACCCAUUAAUCUCUCCACCCCUUUCCGCUUUCCUCUUAAAAAUCCACCAAUUCCUUGCCGUCGCCGUGGAAUUCAGAUUCGCCCACCGCCGCCGUCGCCUCUCAUACUCCAUAAUUCUUCUUGCCGUGUUUUUUUUUGGGGGCUUUCGCCUCGAUCAAACUGGUAGGAGGAGUUGAUACAAACAAGAACUGGGGCUAUCGGAAGGAGGCAAUUACUGCCCCGAUUCCGCCUCGAUGAUGGCUCGAUCGGCGAUUUAGUGCCCAUUUAAGAAAGAAUUUUGGCGAAUUCUUCGUGGAUUCCGCGUCACCGGCCGCGAUGCAGUACCACCACCACCGCAGCCGCCUGCCGCCGCCGCCUCCGCCGCCGUUCGGCCGCGGCGGCGGCGCCGUGUACCCCCGCGGCGGCCACAAGCAGCUGUACGCUCCCCCUCCACCUCCUCGCCGGCUGCCGCUUCCCGCACCGCCCCCACCGCCGCCGCCGCACCGCAGGCACGAGGUGCUCAUGGAGGCCGGCCGCCUCGCCGCCGAGUACCUGGUGUCCACGGGCGCGCUCCCGCCCUCCUCCUUGCAACGCGGGGGCGGCGACGCGUGGGCCGUCCCUCCCCCUCCCCCUCCCCCGCCGCUGCCUCAGCAGCUGCAGGAACCCCCCGCGUUCUAUGGCCGGAGGAGGUACGACGAUGCGUACUGCAACAACCCUGCCACCCGACCUAGGCGGAGCAAUAGCAGUAGCAGUAGCAGUAAUACUAGAGAUAAUUUUGAUUACAGCAAUGGUGGUAUUAGCUACAAUGGGAGGGGGAAGAGGAAGUAUGGGGAGUACAGAAGGGGGCAUAUGGAUUGGGGGAGGGACAGGGAGCAGGAGAAAGGAAGGUCCACUUCCAAUGGUCGACGCUAUGAGGAAGAUAAUGAUGAUGACGGUGCUCCCGGGUUUCGGAUGGAUCGGCGGGGAAAUGAUGAGGCCAGGAGUUGUGUGACCGAGGAGGUGAAGGAAGCGACACCUUCGAUGGCGGCAAAGGCUGUAGUAACACAGUUGGAAAUGGAGGAUAUCCGGUCAAACGCAGUGACCUCCAAUGGUAAUCAUAGUAGGAAGGAUGCUGAUGCUCAGGAGCCAGAGGUGCAGUCUGAGAAUGAGGACGGUGUCAUGGAAGAGAAUAAGGUAGUUUUGAGUUCAGAGUCGGAAAUGGUGGAGAACGGGAUGGACACAAAUGGUGAUGCUAAUGCCGCUUCAACUAUAGCUGUUAUGGAGGAAGCAGAGACGAAACUUUUCGUAGAUGGUAAGGUUGUGGAUGAGGAAGCUCAAGAUAACGGCAACAUUUCGUGUGGGACUUCUUUAGACCCUAUUGCUUUGGAUGAUGACAUGGCGAAUUUGGAAAAUGGUUUGCAUGUCGACAGCAGGAGUUUGCUUAAACACUGCGACUUCGCAAAAGCCCCAACGAAGCCCAGGUCAGUGCGCCCACAUAGAAAGGCAGCAAUUGAAACAGUUGAUCCAGUUUCUUCUGGAGAAGCUUCCCAGAUGGUUGUUGAUGAAGCUGCAAAUGAGAGAUCUUUGACUGACACCCCAUCAGACAAUGGAGAAGAUCAAACCUGCCAAGAAAACACUGGCUCCAGCACAGCUUGCGACGAAAUAACGGAACCUACGCUCCUCCAAGAAAGCAAAACAUCAGUUGUGGCUGAGAAUAUGAGAGAAGACAGUAAGGAUGCACAACUCCAUGUUGUCCAGGAAUCCAAGGAAGAAACGGCUGUAUCACCUUUGACAACUUCUCACAAGGAUAGCUCGAUGAAAGAAAACGACCUAUCUCCAUUGGCAGCUUCUUGCAAGGAUGGCUUGAUGCAAGAAACCAACCUAUCUACGUUCAGAGAAACUCUUGAGGAUAGUGUGAUUGAAGAAACCGACCUUUCUCCAUUGAUCGAUUCUCCAAAUGAUAGUUUGAUUGAAGAAGCCGGCCUAUCUUCAUUGGCAGAUUCACACAAUGAUAACUUGAUUGAAGAAUCUGACCUAUCUCCAUUGGCAGCUUAUCAUGAAGUUCGAUUGAUACAAGAAACUGACUUACAUCAGGUAAUGUCUUUGCAUGAAGAUAACUUAAACCUGCAGUUCAAGGAGGGAGCUCAGAUUUGUGAUACUGAAAUGCUGCCGGAAGAUGUGGACUUGAUUGAGUUGUCUGGUCAAAAGAACACUGUUGGUGUUGAACUGUUCACUAACGCGGAGACUAAAACUAUCAUCAAAAUGGAAGAAGAAGAAGAAGAAAAGCUGGAUCAACCCAGCUCAUUUAGAAUACAUAAUAAUCCUGGAUUUGGCCGCUCUGUACCAGGAUCUUCUGUGGAGCCACAUAAACAUCUGCAAGAAGAUUUUGGAGCUAGGGCAGGUGACAAUGUCAGUGGUACAAAUAAUGUAUACCAAGAUCCAUUGGGCAAUAACUCUGUCCAAGUAUUUGAUAUAGAAGAUGACACACAAAUUGAAGUUGCUGGCUUUGAUUCUUCACAAGCAAAGAAUGAUAUGACAUGCUCUAGCAUGGAUGGCAUGAUGCACCCUGGUAUACAUACCGAUGAUCUUCCUGUUAUUCAAGAUGGUUACAAUCUUGCACUUUCUGAUUACCUCGUGGCUGAUAUACCAUGCUUCACAUCAAUGCAACCUGAUCUUCAAGCUAGUAUCUGUGCCAAUGAUUCAGAGGGCAUUCCAGUCAUGGAUGAUCCAAUAUAUGGGUCCCUCACUGAUAUAGGUUUCUUGGAUGUUUGGGGGCAGCCAGCUGAGGACUUCGGGAAAUUCUUUUAAGCUGUUGCCGAAAGCAGAAAUUGUUCAGAACGUGGCAAAAAUAGCAUGUGUAGCAUAGCGUAGGCAAGAAUAAGAAGAUUGCGCCUCCUCCAAAGAUAUGGCGUAUCAGCCGCAAAGUAGCAAUAGAGAAAUUUUAGAUGUUAAUACUGGUCUGAUGAGGCAAGUCCCUGAUUCAAAGUUGGUUUUCUGUGUAGCUUGAUGUGGUAGGAUAGAUAGGUCCUCUGCUGUGUCAUUCUUGAUAUACGGUGAGCACUGUAAACCUGCCUUCAUUCGAUGAUGAUUGGGUCGGUGCAUCCUACACAUUGUGCUGCAGGUUGGACUUUAUUUGGGUCAACGACAUGUAUGAUCUGUUUGUGGUCAUUGGGAUGCAAGGAUGGUAGUGACAUGCUGGUGCCCCUA